GGACUUCCUCCUCCUGCUGCUGCCGCCGCCGCCUCAGAGGGGCUCAUUCCGCGUCUUUUCUCCCAUCAGCAGCGGCCUGGAUGCUCGCCGGGCUCGAACAUGGCUGUGAAUCUCGCAAAGAACAGACUGGCUCUGCUCACCGCCUACCAGGACGUCAUUGACGAGACUUCCGACACUGACUGGGCUUUGUACGCAUACGACGAUGACAGCAACGAUUUAACGCUGGCAUCAUCAGGAGGGGGCGGCCUCGCAGAGAUCACGCUGUCCUUUGACAAUGGCAGGGUGAUGUAUGGCUUCUGUAGCGUGAAGGAGCCCAACGCUGCCUUGCCGCGAUACAUCCUCAUCAACUGGGUGGGCGAGGACGUGCCGGAUGCAAGGAAGUGCGCCUGUGCCAGCCAUGUUGCCACAAUUGCAGACUUUUUCCAGGGUGUGGCGGUCAUCAUCAACGCCAGCAGUCUGGACGACAUCGAUCCAUCAGCCAUCGGACAGCGUCUUACCAACGGCACGGCGGUCGUGGCUAGUCCGGUUUUGAGCCGCCUGAAAACCAGAGACGAGGAACACGGAGAUGUGGGAACGGUGUACGAGAAGACUAAUGCGGAGGUGGAGAUGAAGAAAAUCAAUCGAGAGGAAUUUUGGGAGCAGGCCAAGCGUGAGGAGGAGCUAAGGAAGGAAGACGAGAGGAAGAAACUGGCCGAGGAGCGGCAGCGUUUCGAGGAGGAGCGAAUGGAGCUGGAGAGGAAGGAGCAGGAGAACCGAGAGAGGAGGUACCGUGAGCGAGAGAGGCAGAUUGAAGACCACAGGAAGAAGAUGCAGGAGGAAGAAGAGGCCAAAGAGAGACUGCAGAGUCAGAUCACCUUACCUGCAGAGCCGAGCAUCGAUGACCUCAGCCUGGACAAGAAGGAGUCUGAAGUAGAAGUUCAGGAGGCGAAGGCCAUCAUCGCUCGGCGGUCGGGGAACCCGCGGGAGUUUUUCAAACAGAAGGAACGAGCCAUGACCAUCAGCGUCGACACCUCACCUGUCACCAUCCACCGCAGCGGCCGCUUGGACAGCCCCUUCUUGAGACAGCAGCACAGUCCCUGCAGCCCCAGCUCCACUCCCCCGACCAGGGGUGUGUCGCCGCUCCGCACACCGCCACAUGUACGGACACAGCAAGCCGAGGACGACCAAACGAGCACAGAGCGCACCGUGGCUGCCGUGUCACCCAUCCCGAAAAUCGUCACCACGCCCAUCAAAGAGGACUCGUAUCAGGAGCAGGACUGCACAUUUGACUGGGAGCCAAAGCAGGAGCAGAAGGCUCCAGUUCAAGAGUCGACACCCUCCAAACCCGUGCAGAGCGUUGCCCCUCAGACCCGCGACUCCUCUGGGUUCUCUAUGUGGGACUCCGGCACAGAUAACCUGGUCGACGUGUGGAACAGCAACGCCGCUGCCCCCGCUAGCGAGCCCUCCAAAGCCUCCCACUCGUCCAAUCUUGUGGAUCUGAUGGGCGAAGACGACAUUCCGCCUCACACCGUCACCACCAGCGGUCAAGCUCAGCCCCUCCUCAGCUUCGACGACAUGAUAGACGGCGCUCUCUGCUCGACCGCCGAGGACGACCCCACCAGUCUGGUGGACGUGACCACCUCUGAGCAGAUGACCCUCAGCUACCAGCAUGCACUGCAGCACGCCGCCGGCGACAGCACGCAGCUGGAGGAUGGACAGCUGCUGUUGACCAAUGGAGAGACGCUGACGAAAGAAGGAACUCAGGCGAGUGAAGGCUAUUUCAGCCAAUCACAGGAGGAGGAAUUCGGCCAAUCAGAUGAAGGCACGGCAAAACCGGCACCUGUCUUUUAUAAUAAGCCCCCCGAGAUUGACAUCACGUGCUGGGACACAGACCCCGUGGUGGACGAAGACGACGACUAAGCCGGCAAAUCACACACGCCGAGACAAAAGUAGGAAGUGCGCUUCUUGAGGAAACUUUUUUUUUUUUUCAAAAAAAACAAAUUGUGUUAAAAAAAAAUUGUAAAAAAAUAACCUCAAAAAAAAAACAUGACCGAGUGUGUAUCUUUUUUUGAGGAAAAUAAUAACGGUAGCCAAACAAGCUGGGGUUGAAAUAUAAGACAAAUUGUUUUUUUUUGUGUGUUUGAUACUUUAUUUAUUUGUUUUUCUCUUUAUAUAUAUUUUUUUUGCUAUGCAGAUGUAUUACCUGGGAGCGGGCGGGGUAACUUUCAGUUUGCGACGACAUCUUCUUGGUAUUAAAGUAGCGCAGUGCUGCACGGUAGAGACAAUGGGAAGCGCAUUGUAGUGCUUUAAAGAAAAAACUGCAGCCUGUAAAGCUCAUAUGACCGCCAUGUUGUCUUCACCUGCCUUUGCUUACCUUUUUUCUUCCUGCCAAGACACAAGUCGCUUAAUCUUCUAUUUCAGCGAGAUUAGGUGUCUUGAUGAUUAUUAUUUUUUUUCUUUUUGCUGCACUUUUUUGUCUGCCUAUUUAGUGGAUGAACAGCAGUUUAAAAGUCCUGUCUGCUUCCACCCAGUUUUGCUAUUUUUAAUUUGUUUUGCCCUAAUUUUGGCAAAUUUACCGACGCAAAAAAUACACCAUUUUGCAUCUAAUCCUGAUGAUUAUACUGUAGAUAUUUUCCAGGUUUUUAGAAGAGCAGUGUGGACAUUUUGUUUUACUGUCCACUCAUAUACAAACAGGACAUAUGUUACAUAGGGGGAGGAAACAACUGGAAACAGCAAAUAUGACUUUUAUCUGUAACGAUGCAUUUAAGUGGACAUUUUGUCCACCGGGCAGAUUGUAUUAGUAUUAAGGGCCACACCGAAAAUUAUAAAAUAAUGAUACCACUAUGAAAAGUUGUGGUAAUAGUGAAGUGUAUAUAUUUUACAAGAAUAAACUCAAAAUAUUAUGAGGAAAAAGUUGUAAUUUUACAUUAAACAUUUUUAAUAUUUUAGGAAUACUCUUGUAAAAUGACUAGUUUUUCUUAAUAAGUAGGAACAUUUCUCUAAUAAUAUGACACAUUUAUUAUUUUACUACUUUCAUAAUGCAAGCUUAUUCUCAUAAUUAGUAACUCUGAUAAAUAUUACACAUUAUUGUAAAAUUACAGCUUUUUUCCACAUAAUAUAGCAAGCUUAUUCUGAUAUAAAAGAAGACAGUUUUUCCUAUUUAAGUUGUUUCACUGAACUAAUCAAAUUUCAGGAGUGUAAGCUAGUUAUAUUGCAUUCGACAAUGUAUUAUAAACAUUAAAACUAUUUUGCAAAGGAAAGUCUUCGUAAUAUGACACAAAGUGUCAAUUCUCCAAGAAUAUAUAUAUAUAUAAAUAUAUAUAUAUAUAUAUAUAUAUAUAUAUAUGUUCACUUCAUCAUAAUAAUCUGACUUUUCACUGCAAUUUUUUUUAGUUCUAAUUUGGAAUUUUUCAGCUUUGACAAGCUUAUUUUCGUAAAAAUUGGUACUUUUCAAUUCUUGGAGAAUAUAUAUAAAGAAUUAAUUUUAAAAUAAAAAGAAACAUUCCAAAAAAGUUGUAAUUUAAUUAGAAACUUGUGAAAAAAUAACAGAUUUUUAUUUUUUACAUUUAAAAAGAAAUGUAGACAUUUAAAUUCUAAAAAAAAAAAAUUUCAGUGUGCUCCUAAAGCUCCUCCAUUCUGACCCUGUUGCUCGACUGUUUUUGUUCCGUGUCAGUGCAAAAAAAUAAAUAUUUUUGUUAAAUUUUAAAUACAGUAGAUAUGUGUGGCGUUUGCCACCAGGGGACGUGUUUGUUUUUAAAACGCUGUUAAAAAAAAAAAAAGAAGUCGGCUAGCAAGUGACUUGCAAGGCCCCUUUUUGAAUAUUAGCAAUGACAUUGUUAGUCUUUUUGCUUCUAUUCCUUGUAGAAAAUUUAAAAAAAUCUCCUAGGCAAUAAUCAUGAUCAUAUUAAUUAUGUGUGCGUGAGCGCGUUGGACUCAUUUGCCUUGUUUAGAAUCUCACAUCCACAUUGAUUACAUUCUGUAAUAAGUAAUAAUCAGUUAGUCAACAAAUAUGCAACUUUAAUUUGCUAAAAGUGGCUCGUGUGUGUGUGUUGAGAAUAUUAAAGAGGAAGAUUAGUUGAAAGAGAAGUGAAUUAUUUGUUGGAUUGAAUUAAAAGAUGAUGCCUUGAACCCGUCACACACACUUUUCUCUCUUUCUUUCUGCCACUGUUGAAGAUUUCCAAGCUGCUUCGCAAUAGCUGACUCCUCCUUGUAGUUCACAUGUCCGCCGCUAGAUGGCGCCAUUGUCACCUUUCCCUUCAACUCUGCACUCUUGAUGGUUUCCUGUCCACCUGCCACAUUAUCUCAUGCUUCACUUCAGAUAUAUUAAACGUACAUAAUCACCAUGUUCCUCCAUUGUCAUCUCUUCUAAUAUGUCAACUGAUGCAUUAAAAUGUCUUUUCUAAAAGGUGAAAUUCA